CGCUUAAAUACAACGGGUUAAUAAGGACUUAAAUCCGGCGUACACCACGCCAUUUUUAGCCCAGUUUUAACCCUAAUUUUACCCUUCAGACCAAUGGCCAAGAGAGCAAACGGACCCCUUCUCGCAUAGCACGUACUACAGCGACUGAAGAAAGACUCGCUGCAGUGUGUCACUCUGAUUCACGCGAGGUGUUGGGGUGUGGGAGAUUUUUCAUGCGUCCCUCAGAAGGGUGAUAUUUUUCUAUCCGUUACGAUUGUCAAAAUCCUGUAGCGUUACAGGUCUUAGUCAAACGAAACUUCUCGCGAAGCGAAAAUCGAAAGAAGACGGCGUCGUUUACGUCUAUAUGACGUAUAACCUUGGCGCGAGCAUGCUUUGUGAUAAACGGAGAAGAGAAUACAUGAUCGGUCCUUUCUAUACCUACAGACUUGUCUGAUGAAGAAACGAGUUGAUCGAGCGCGGAUCAGCUUGCAGUCUGCUGGAGCAAGCAUCUUCCUGUUGCCUGCAAGCCGCUCUCGCCAGGCAUGCGGGUCUGGUAGUACAAUAUGCGCUGCCGGAAGGAACCGUGACCAAGUACCAGUCGCCAUGGGAGUGCUCCCAUGUGGUGAAGGAGUGCCUGGUGAGGGUUUACCACACAUUUUUCUUUGGGUGUUUUCAUGGGUGACGACUGACAUUGUUGCCAUGGUGUGGCCAUCCACUGAUCUCAUUAAGAGAUACAACAUAAUAGAACAGUUCAAAAGCUCUGCUCAAUGGAGGUGCGCUAUUGUGCCCUAAUGAAGGUGUAUGGAGACACAGUAAGAGACCUGCAACAAGUCAAAACACUUCAUCCAAGCACCCCUGCAACCGAGAAUAAUUCUCAAUAGAUUAUUAAAAAUAAAUAAAUAAAGAAAACAAUUUAAAAGGGAAGAUUUGUCUUAUUUGUUGGUUAAAUUAUAUUUAUUUCUGUGUUAAAUACAACUUGUUCUUGUGCAAAAGACCUAUCUUAGGGUCCAAUACAGAGAUGAAGCUCAUUGUCUGAAAUAAGUUCAUUAAAACAGAGAUGUUAAUAAGGUAUAUUUACAUUCCGAUUUAGGUAACCAGAGUUGUGUAUUCACAUAUCUGUACUAGUAUGGAAUGUCAUUCCGUAGUGCCAUGGUGACAUGUAGUCAUAGUGAUGGAGACGAAAACAAGUUAAGAAUCGAUAGCAUUGUGCUUGAGUCACUGCACGGACUCCUGCGCUACAAAAUCUACGAUUAUCUACAAACUAAAGCCAAGGCAGCUAUGUCAGCCAGUGAUGUUUGGGUUGGUUCCUGGAGGCCCCAUAAGCCAAGAGGACCUAUUGCUGCACUAUACAGCAGUCCAGGGCCCAAGUAUGCUCUCCCUGGAGCUACAGGUGUAAAUUAUCAUGACCCGCGCAAAUGGAAGGCUCCUGCAUACAGUUUUGGCUCUCGCCAUCGACAUUUCAACCCCAGCUAUUCUCCUGGACCUGGAUACCUUGUCCCCUCCAAUAUUACCAGAAUUGGGUGUGAUGGCACCCCAGCGUAUUCCCUGUACAGUCGGCUCAAAGACUCUCAGCCCUUCCAGACCCCUGCGCCAGGGAGGUAUUGCCCUGAGAAAGCAGGCAAAAUGGCUUAUUAUUCUGCUCCUGCGUACUCGCUGUCAUCUAGGACCAAAACAUUCCAUAAUGACCAAACACCAGGGCCUGCUGCUUACAUGGUGCCCUCAGUGCUUGGGCCAAACACAGUGAAUAAAACAUCUGCCCCAAACUUUUCCCUUAUCGGCCGUACCAAAAAAGGCAGCUUCCAUGAAGACCUGCAAAAGACUCCAGGUCCGGGGAGCUACAGAGUUGUGGAUCCAAGUGUGUACACAAGCAAACCUCCCCAGUACAGUUUGACUGGCCGCAACAGCAUGCCUGGUGACACGACCAAGAAACCAGGGCCUGGAGCUCACUGUCCAGAGCAGGUGACCAUGACAAGACUGCAAGCCCCUAGCUUCUCCUUUGGUGUUCGGCACUCUGAGUUCAUCGCCCCGCUGAUUGUGGAUAUCUCUGAUUAGCCUAGCUGUCUUGUCUCAUAAAGAGUUUUUCUGUUGUGCAGUAGAGACUUUCAUUGUAUAAUUCCGAAGUGCAGCAAUUUUUAAGAAUCCUAAGAUAACAAGUGAAGUAGUGCAGACCAAGCCAGUAUGUAACACUGUUUGCUUGCCCUAGACCAGAGCACUCCAUGAGAGUGAGACUUAAAAUCCUGGUCAGUACAAACCAAAACUUAGCUGAAGAAAUACAUGCUGUUGCAAGGAAUAGAUUUGCGUUCACUAACUGAUUAUUCUCAGGUUCUAGUGGAAUUUUAUUGUCCAGUGUUAGACUACUUUGUCAGAAUAGGACAUUUCCAAUAUCAGGGCAAGAUAAACUUAUGCUAGCUAAACAACUGCACCAGUUUGGACACCAAACAAGAGCUGUUAUCUGUUAUAACUGUCACCUUUCUCUACAUUAUGAGCUGAAUGUAAUAUACCAAAUGGUGGACAUUAUGGGGGAAAAAUUCUGGGAGCCAUACCACUUCAAAGGUUUGUUAUGUAAAGUAAAUAAUCACACAUGUGAUACACAGUCCUGAUUAUUUUAAUAGUUUAUUUUCGAUAAUUGUAGACAUGAGAUUUUUGUUACUCAAACUUCUAUAUGCUUCCUUUAAUAUAAACACUGAAAAUAGUAGAUCCUAAUAUGUCACAGUAGACCAUAAUGUGCCAAAAAGCUGUCAUGAUUUCUUUGAUUAUUUGUUACACACAGUCUAGGUUCACAUUGUCUAUUAUAUCCAAUUUAUGUUUUUAAUUUAUAAGUUUUCUGUAUAUAUUCUAUGUCUUUUGUUCUGAACAAUCGAUUUUUCUGCUAGGUCCUAGAUAGUUAUGAUUUCAACAGUCUUGAAAUACCUAAUAAUACAUUUUAUUUUUUCAAUA